AUGCAAACUGCUCGCUAUGGCAAGGACCUCGUGCGCUUUAUGCGUGUCUAUCGCGAUGGCAAGGUGCAGCGUUGUGCUGAACUCACUGUUCGCCUUCUCUUGGAAGGUGACAUUGAAACCUCGUACACCAAGGCUGACAACUCGGUGGUCGUUGCUACUGACACCGUGAAGAACACCAUCAACAUCUUUGGCAAACGCAGCCGCAAUGUGGAAAACAUUGAGGUGUUUGCUCAAGAGCUCUCGACCCACUUUUUGGACAAGUACUCUCACCUUAGCAGCAUUCACGUUGAUAUCGUCAAGCACAAGUGGACAAGACUCAUUGUGGAUGGCCAACCCCAUCCUCACUCUUUUGUUCGUGAUGGCGAGGAUAUCCAAACCACUUCAUUGGAUCACUAUCGCCAAGGCAACAAGAUGAAGAUUACUUCUGGUCUUAAGAAGUUGUUGGUGUUGAAGACAACCGGCUCCGCCUUUUACGAUUUCCAUCGUGAUGAAUACACCACCUUGCCUGAAGUUUGGGAUCGUAUCUUUUCUACUGCUGUCGAUUGUACCUGGACUUUUGCUUCCAGCUCGCCCUCUGUGUUGCGUAACAUUGACUACCCCGCUGUCCAUGAAGGUGUACGCAAGAUCACCACUGACACCUUUGCCAAGGAUGAAUCACCUUCGGUGCAAGCUACCCUAUACCUCAUGCAAAAGCAAAUCCUCACUCGCUUCCCCGAAAUUGCCGAAGUCUACUACGCACUCCCCAACAAGCACUAUGUUGGCAUUGACUUUAGCCGCUUCACAAAGCUCAACAUUGAUAACACUGGCAAGAACAUGGAUACUUACUAUCCUCAACCCGAUCCAUCUGGCUUGAUUACUGCCACACUUGCUCGCAAGUCGCUUGCCAAGCUCUAA